CUGCAGCCAUCACUUCCUGCCGGGGGCUCCACGAGCGGGGACUGGGCCUCUUUGGGACCCGGCACUGAGCCUCCGGGACCCGGGACUGAGCAUCCGGGACCCGGGACUGAGCCUCCGGGACCCGGGACUGCUCCUCCGGUACCCGGGACUGCUCCUCCGGUACCCGGGACUGCUCCUCCGAGACCCGGGGCUGCUCCUCUCGGAUCCGGGGCUGCUCCUCCGGGACCCGGGACUGCUCCUCCGGGACCCGGGGCUGCUCCUCUGAGACCCGGGGCUGCUCCUCUGAGACCCGGGACUGCUCCUCCGGGACCCGGGACUGCUCCUCCGGGACCCGGGACUGCUCCUCCGAGACCGGGGCUGCUCCUUCGGGACCCGGGACUGCUCCUCCGAGACCCGGGGCUGCUCCUCUCGGACCCGGGGCUGCUCCUCCGGGACCCGGGGCUGCUCCUCUGAGACCCAGGACUGCUCCUCCGGGACCCGGGACUGCUCCUCUCGGAUCCGGGGCUGCUCCUCCGGGACCCUGGGUGGCAAUGGCCAGCCUGGCCGAGCAGGACUCCUACCUGCAGGGUUUGGCCAGGAGGGCCGGCGUGCAGCACGCCCCGGAGUCGCGGAAGAGGAAAUUCGUGUCUAAGCCAGGCCAGCCCGAGAAUGCUGGCAGACAGGUCAAGAAACUGAAGAAAAAGAAGCCCAGGAAACAAACUGAGAAGAAGAAUGCUCCUUCAGCCAAACAGGUGGUUUCUAACACCAGUAAACCCACUCCAGGACAGAAAGCAGCCCCUCAAGCCAGCAAAUCAUCUCCACAGGGGGGUACACAGAACACAAAGGAGAGUUUGGCUGCAGGAAGUAAAAGUGAACUGAGUUCCCCUUCUGUUUCUGCAAUCAGUCUGUUGCGUCAGAGACUCCACGAGAAGAUUAAAAAGGCUUCUGGACAGGAUAAUGCCAAAGAGUUAACCCCUGCAGUCCUGGAGAAGAGGCAGCGAAGGAAGUAUGAGAGAGAGAGAAAGAAACGCCGGCGAAAAGAGUUGAAGAUGAAGGCAAAAAUGGAGAAGAAAGAAAGUGAGGAGGUGCCAGCAGAGCCAGAAAAGAAAAAGGAGAGCAAAGCUGAGAUUGUCUUCAACAGGGUUGAAGUUCAUGAAGAGAAUGAGCUGAACAAGAUCCAGAAGAAGAAAGAGAAGAGGAAAGCGGUGAAAGGCAAUAUCACUCCUAUGACAGGCAAGAACUACAAGCAGCUGCUGAGCAGGCUGGAGAUCAGGAAGAACAAACUGGAGGAGCUCAAGGAGAAGGAUGAGAAGAAAGCUCAGGAGCUGGAGACCAAGAUAAAAUGGACAAAUGCUCUCUAUAAGGCAGAAGGGGUGAAGAUCCGUGACGACGAGGAGCGUCUGAAGGAGGCCCUGAAGCGCAAGGAGAAGCGGAAAGCCCAGCGCAAGAGGCAGUGGGAGGAACGGACUGUGAGGGUGGUGGAAAAGAUGCAGCAGCGGCAGGAUAAGCGCCAGAAGAACAUCCAGAAGAAGAAGAAGGAGAAGAUAGAGAAGAAGAAAGCCAGGGCUCGGAAGAAGGGCCGAGUUCUGCCAGAGGACUUGAAAAAAGCUGGGUUAAAGUGAGAGUGAUGCCGAUGUCCUGGCACUGGGGUUCCAGGGUGGGGUGUCUGUGUUACUGUUCCAGGCUGUGGGGCAGGCACUGACACAGCUUCCCAGCCUCAUCAUACUGAAAAAACAGUUGUAUGUUUAUUAAUAAAUUUUUCUAUCCUAAAGACA